UAUCCUAAGGACCGGGAAUUAGGAGACCGGAUAAUACGGUGAGAGACCGGGAAAUAUCGCCGUUCAAACUGUUGCCUGCUACUGAGAACUUUAUGACAACAACGUAAACAAACCAUGAUUUGAAAAAUAAACGCUUCAUAGUCUAUAUCCAAUUAUAGAUUUUAUAUUUCUUUAUAACCCUAUUUAACCAUCAAAUUUUGAUUUGAAGCAUUCUCUUCUAAAUUCAUUAUUACAAAUAAAAUAUGAUUCAGUUAUCUCAUUCUUGGGCACCAGGAUUUCCAGUAGCACUGGCAGUGGCAGUGAUUUGGAGUACAUGUACAUUUACUUAGACAUUGUCCUUAGCUGUGUUUUACUACAUGAAAAUCUAGUUUUGAUAGUGUUAAUGUGGCAUCUAGUCAUUUUAACAGUACUUCACCUAUUCGUGACAUGAGUGAUCAUAGCAAAGAGCACACUAGUGGUAGGACUGCUCGCAGUGCUAGGAGAAUUGCUCCCAUACCUGACUCCAUUAAAGAGAUUGUGCAAGUGCGACCAAAUAGGUAUCUGCACAUCAGACAUGUUAACAAGAAGCAGAGAGAUGAGAAAUUUGAAAGGGAAAUGCAGUCAUAUUUAUUGCAUAAAGAAAGUGCUCUCCUUACUGCACCAAUGUCUUUCAACAAAAAGAACAAUACUCCUGGCAAAACAUUGAAUAAAAACAGUUCUGGAUCACGUGAUAAUCAAUCUUCUACUCCACCUAAUCUCAUUAAUCAUGAUGAAGGUAACUUAAACAGUUCGGGUAAUAGUAAUACUCUGAAUAAUAUUUCUACAACUAACUUGGACGUUCAGAACCUAGAUAAUGCUUAUACUGGUGUAAGCUCAGGGGUUGGCCUGCAUGUUCAGUCCCCUUCAAGAUUAUCCUCUAAAUCUGCCAGUACAGAAUCUAUCUCCAAUGUUCAAAUUGAGAUUAGACCAAACUCACUUGUAAAACGUCUAGAUGAGAUUACUGAAAAACCAGAUGAGGAAUCGCAUGAAGUACUACCCUAUAAAUCACAGUCACCUCGAAAAACAAAGGGACACCGGCCAGUCAGUGCAAGAAGUAUUCGGCAGAGAACAACAUCAGUUGGUGCAAAGGAAACACAACAAAUUACAAACUAUAUGCCUAAUUUGAAUGACUUUAACAUUGAUCAUAAAGAUUCACCAUUUAAAGAUGUGACUCUGUUUUUCUUUCAUGGUGUAGGAGGUUGUGCAGAUAUCUGGAAUUCACAGAUUGACUUCUUUGGUCAUCUAGGAAUUGAGAUAAUAGCUCCAGAUUUAGUUGGACAUGGUCUAAGUCCAGCUGCUGACAAUGCUAAAGCAUAUCAUUUCAAAGAGAUACUUGCUGACUUAGAAGCUGUGUUUGAUAAAUAUUGUAAAAGAGAAAAUAUCGUUAUUGGACAUUCCUACGGGUGUGCGUUUGCAGCUGCCUUGGGUCGUCGGCGAGCUCGACGGGUGAGCAAGCUUGUGCUAGUCAGUGGUGGGGCCCCAAUACCCCUUGCCCCACAGCCUGGUGUGUUUUCCCUGCCUGUAUGCAUGCUCUCCUGCAUCAGGCCUUGUCUCUUCAGCAGGUUUGAAAAACAUGCAUUCCAUGAUCCAAGCACCACUAAUGAUGGGUCACGUCAGGUGGCAUUUGAUGUCCCUGCACGUGUGUUGUCCCACACGAUGCAAGGGCAGGACUGGCUAGAUGGUGAUGCACUCUACCACCAGUGGCUUGCCAUGCCAACGCUUCUGCUGCAUGGCAAACAUGACAGCUUUGUGUCCCUCGAGGAACAAGAGGAAAUGGAAGAGACAGUGACAAUGUCCCAAUUGGAGGUUAUAGAAAAUGCUAGUCACAUGGUUAUGAUGGAAGCCCCCUUAGAGGUCAACAGUCUGCUGUAUGUGUUCAUCUUCCAAGCCUCCCAUGACCCACAUGAUCCUGAAACUGCCCGCAGUCGUCCCCACAGUAGCAAGUCAUCGAAGUCUGCUCGCCUGAAACACCACUCAAAACAACUGGCGUAGGGCCUUACUUAGCUAUGCUGCAACAUACAUCUCUCAGACUACAGGGUCAUAUAGCUAUGACCAUUUAUUUUGUAAGAAAGCUUUUCACAGUUUAUCAUCAAUGAUUCUGGAAAUGGGUUCCUCUUUUUUACGUUGAAAUAAAUGUAUAUUAAUUGUCAUUUUAUAAAAGUUAUUCAUGCAAUGCAAAUAUUUCAGUCACUUGCAAUGAUACAUAAGACAAAGUUGAUGACAUGCCAUUUCAUUUUUUCCUCAUUGUUUAGUUUUAAACAUAAAAUAAGUAGGAAUCCUAUUGGUUUUGUAACCUGUAGAUUUGUAAAAGAAAAUAUCUAUUUUUGUUGUUGUUAGGUAUCACUACCAUGUUUCUGAUUUUGAAAAAUGGUUACAUGUGUGUAUUAAAGCACAAAUCUUGAAUUGAGUGACAUAAAUUUUGUUAACUUUAUCAUGCCUUUUUUUUCAAAAUUGUAUCAAUCAAUCUUAAUUUAAUAUGACAUUGCUAUUAUCACUCAUCUUUAGCUUGACUAUUCGAAGAAAAAAGAGAGCUUUUCUACUCACCCUAUCCUGGGCAUCGGCAUCACAUUUUUGUUAAGGUUUUGCAUGUUAGCACCUUCCAGUCAAUACCUCAACAAAAACAUCUUGUAUUGCAUUGAAACUUUAGAUAUUUGCUCCUAACUAUGCAACCUAUUUAGAUAAUAAAGUGAUGGUAGAUAAGAUUAAUUUGAAUAAUGUAAAUUAUGUAAGCACACAUAGGUUAAUAUCUCAGCAACUACAUGAUGUAUUGCAUUGAGACUUUAUACAAUGGUACUCAGCCAUUUAUCAAUCUAAGUAGCCAAGUUGAAAACUCUAUUUUGCAUAAAAUACAAAUAAUGGCCUAUUAUUAUUCGACUUCCGGUUAAGGUUUUGCAUGUAACCAUAUUUUAGUCAUAAUCUCAGCAAAUACAUUUCAUUUUGCAUUGAAACAUUACACAUGUGUUCCCAACUAUCCAACCUACUUGAUAAAUGAAGUAAGAUAACUCCAUCUUGUAUGGAAUGCAAAUAAUUGCCCUUUAUUAUUGGACUUGCAUACAAAAUAGUUUGCUCCUUUCUUAUUCAAGAUACAAAUUCAGGUAAAGGUUUUGCAUGUAAGCACAUAUAAGUCAAUAAGUCUUCAACUAUUUUAUGUAUUGCACUGAAAUUCUAUAUGAUCAGGUAUGAUAACUCUUUCUUGCAUAUAAUGAAAGAUUGGACCUUUAAUUUUUUACUUGUUAAGGUUUUGUGUGUUUUACAAUUUAACAGUGAUCCAUGCAUAUUUCACCAAAACUUUGGUAUCCUUAAACAUAAAAGCGGUGGAGCGUGCUUUCUCUGUGACAGCUCUUGUUGAUACUUUGAGUCGUUUGAUGAAAAGUUGUAUGCAAUUUAUUUACAUUCACUGAACCUGUGAUAAUGCUUUUUUUAUUUAUUUUUUAGAUUGUUGUUUUAUAGACGGGGUUAGAAUUAUCAUUGUUAGCCUUACCGCCACUUUGAAGAAAUGAAAGAACAUGUAUUUAUUUUAGGUGUGUUUUCUUUGUCAAUAUUUGUAAAAGAAGCUUGUUUAAAAAUAUUGUAUGAUAUUUACACCUCAACUUACAUAUACUGUAGAUCUGAUUUGUAGAUUUGCAAAUGUUGACCAGAAAUAGUAUCACUGCUAUUAACUACACUGCUUUAGUAAUAGACUGGUGGAGCUGUUGUUGUUAUAAGACACUCAUGUCUGUUUUACUUAUAUUGUGUUAGGCAUAUCAAAAACAAAGGUUUGAUUCCAUUUUUCUGCCUCUUAUUGUUUUGCUCGAAUAAAAAAAGUUCACAGUUUUUCUUCGCUUUAGGGACACAUUUUUAGUAGUUUCUUGCAUGGAAAAGGCAUGUUAAUAUAGCCAGUCGAAAUCACAUCAGAUUUAAGUUUGAACUUGAUAUCAGAAUCAA